CAAAAGCGAAGGAAGCCAUGAGCCCUAGACUGGCAGCUGCUAUCCUAGAUAGGAUCCUCCGUUGAUACUACCUGCUAGUUAUCCUCGGGAGUAGAGCGAUUCAUGUAUCAUCAUCACAGCCUGCCUGCGACAUCUCUUGGAAGUGAUGCUGAUUGUCUUGAUUGGCUAGAAUCGGCGUCUGCAUGCAUAUGGCAUGCAUAACAAAAUCAGAAAAAGCUAUGUUUGGGAGCAUGUGCCAUCAGAUGCCGCAAGCAGGUGCGUGUUUGAGGUUACUCCAUACCCCUCGCGCAUUUUUUUGCAUGCCGACAUGAGGAACCAAACGUGCCUGCCCGCGUGUUUGAGGAGGAUCUAUCCCCUCUCUCCCGGUCUGGAUUGGUAUAAUAGGCCUAACUGCAUCUUGCUCGGUCACGAUGUUAAAGUCCCUCAAAAUAUUUAGCUCCCUGGCGUUGCUGCAGGCAGUUGCGUCGCAGCAGAUUUUGGACAUCUGGCAAACGACAUGGGAUAGGGAAAUGCUUUUAUCCUAUUCCCAGCCCACGGAACCCAUCAACUUCGUUACUCCUGGUGCUAUCGGGAGUGCCGACAUCGUCGUCGAUGAUUCAUCGGUAUACCAAACUGUGUACGGUUUUGGAGCAUCACUGACCGAUUCUGCUGCUGAGUUGUUGAACAACUUGAAGACACAGAACUCUGGAACUUAUUGGCAGCUCAUGGAUUAUUUAUUUAAUGCUACAGAUGGUGCUAACUCAGCUGGGCUCUCCUAUGUCCGUGUCCCACUCGGAGCGACAGACUUUUCUGCAAACACCUACAGCUAUGAUGAUGUCAGUGGAGACACUUCGCUGAACGAUUUUGACAUCAACGCUGCGCCGUCCGACGUUUUCUCGGUCCUUCAAGAUAUUCUCUCAAUCAAUUCCAUGGCCAGAAUCCACGUCCUUCCUUGGUCGCCGCCUGGUUGGAUGAAGAGCGGGGGGACCAUGGACGGAGGCUCGCUAGAUACCCAAUAUGUCAACACAAUGGCAAACUACCUCUUGGAGAGCGUGCAGGAGUUCUCAAACAAGGGAAUUUCCAUAUACGCAAUCGGUAUCCAGAAUGAGCCGGAAGGCAACGACUCCACAUAUCCGUCUUGUAACAUGCCGGUGGCGACUGAGGCACAGAUCGGGCUGGCUCUGCGUACGCUCUUGAAUGAUAAUGGCUUUUCGGGCGUCAAGAUUAUUGGCUACGAGCACAAUUGGGCGGAUGCUGCCAAUUACCCGGUCCAACUGAUGCAACAAGCAGAAAGUGCCUUUGACGGAGUGUCUUUCCAUUGUUAUGAGGGUUAUGUCAGUGACCAGGCUUCAUUCACGUCUCAGUACCCGAACAAGGAAGUAUACUUCACGGAGUGCUCGGGAGCCCUUAUUAAUUAUGACUGGUGGCGCGACAUUAAGUGGCACAUGGACAAUCUCUUCAUCGGCAGCAUCUCAUACGGUUCCUCCUCUGGAUUGAUGUGGAAUCUCGCCCUCGACGGAAACGGUCAACCAUCACUUCCGGGCAGCGACAGCUGUAGCGGCGACGGAUGUCGCGGCGUAGUCCAAAUCAACAGCGAUGGAACUUGGAGCUUGAACUCAGAAUUUUACUCUAUGGGUCAAGCUUCUAAAGCCAUUCUCCCUCGCGACGUCGGCGGUCCAUGGGGCCAGCGAAUUGGCGUGAGCGUCGGUGGUUCGCUUGAUUGGGCCCUCGUAGUGGGCGCGUACAAGACGGGAAGAGUUUCGUCGAGCGACUGGAACAGGUACAGCAUCGUCGUGCUUAACUGGGAUGACAGUGCAUCCACCACCACUAUCGAGUUCAGGGGUAUGCAGGCUACAUACACAUUUCCCGUCGGUGUCACCACGCUUUGGUGGUACGCAUCCAACUAG